UCUCCUGCGGGUGGAGCCCAGUCCGCGCCUCCUCGCUGCCCUGCGCGCUCUUCGCUGCGCCCGCCGCCCGCUGCCCCGCACCAGCCGCCCCGGCCCGGCCCGGCCCGGCCCGGCUGGGCGCUGUCCACCUGAGGGAGCCCGCGCCUCCUGCCCGCCCGACCCUCUGCCCGCCCCGCGAGCUGGGCACCUGUGCCAGGAGCCCAGUGGAAUCCGCUGAGACGGGAUCUGCAGAGCAAGCACCAUGAGUAUCUCAGCUCUCGGAGGCGGCGCUAAAGGGAAGCCCCUACCACCUGGCGAGGAGGAACGCAACAAUGUCCUCAAGCAGAUGAAGGUUCGAACCACGCUCAAGGGGGACAAGAGCUGGAUCACCAAGCAGGACGACUCGGAGGGCAACGCGGAGGGCCGCACCCUAGAGCUGCCCUCUGGUCGGAGUCGUGCCACAUCCUUUUCAUCAGCUGGGGAAGGCCCGAAGGCCAGGCCUCCAAGCACAAGGGCUCCCACUGGCUAUAUCAUCCGGGGAGUGUUCACCAGGCCCAUAGACAGCUCGUGCCAGCCCCAGCAGCACUACCCCAAGGCCAACGGAGCUCCAAAAAGUGCAACCGGUCUGCUCAGAGCCACUCCUGCUGGACCUCCCCGCCCGUCCUCCUCUGGCUAUAAGAUGACCACUGAGGAUUACAAGAAGCUGGCGCCCUACAACGUUCGGCGUAGCUCAGCCUCGGGGGCCGCUGAAGAGGAGGAGAUACCCUUCUCAUCUGAUGAGCAGAAACGGAGGUCGGAGGCUGCAAGCAGUGUGGUGAGGAAGACGGCUCCCCGCGAGCACUCCUAUGUUCUGUCAGCAGCCAAGAAGAGCACCAGCAGCCCCCAGGAGAUGCAGGCCCCGCUCAUUGCGAAGAGGGUUGAGGUGGUAGAUGAGGACAGGCCUUCUGAGAAGAGCCAAGACCCACCUGCUCUAGCAAGUUUCCCUCCUGGCUCAAGCAGUACAAGAGGCGAGGAGAUUGUCCGCCUGCAGAUCUUGACCCCUGGAGCAGGACUCCGCCUGAUGGCCCCAGACCUGGAGGGAAUGAGUUCUUCCCCAGGCUCCAAAGACAAAGAGGCCCCCAGCCCUAGAGAGGCCAAGAGAGACUUGGUUGGUGAGGAGGCCUGCAAGAGCCCCACUCUAGACCCUGAAAGGUCAAGUGCACAGUCAAGUGAUGGCAGUGUGGGAUCCAGAGCCAUGGGCUUCCUACCUGAAGUCUUGACUGGAGCAGACAUUGGCUCUGAGAGAGGAAGUUCCAGUACUACCCUGGCCUCUGCUGGACCAGCUGAUCAGAAGAGUGACAGUCCAGCCGACCUGGAGGACAGAGAGGCACACCUGAAGGGCACCUUGGCUGGUUCUGAAGAGAAGAAUGUGGCUGCCAAGGUGGGAGAGACCUGGCAGGAGAAGCCCACAGCCCUGAGAGGUGGCCAGGGAGACCCAGCUGCACCCUUCCAGCGGCCUGCAUCCCCCAGGACCCCAGAGCCACAGAGCAGCCCCAGAAGACCUGAGCAGCUUGUGGAACUGGACAGCCAGGCCAGCAGCACCUUGGCUGGUUCUGAAGAGAAGAAUGUGGCUGCCAAGGUGGGAGAGACCUGGCAGGAGAAGCCCACAGCCCUGAGAGGUGGCCAGGGAGACCCAGCUGCACCGUCCCAGCGGCCUGCAUCCCCCAGGACCCCAGAGCCACAGAGCAGCCCCAGAAGACCCGAGCAGCUUGUGGAACUGGACAGCCAGGCCAGCAGGAUAAGAAACCCCUCAGACUGUAUGGUCACUGUUACCGUCACUGCCUCUCCUGAGCAGCCUCAUGUUUAUGUCCCAGCCUCUCCAAGUGAAUUGGACUCCAGUUCUUCCAGCAAAGGGAUUCUCUUUGUGAAGGAAUACAUGAAUGCUAGUGAGGUAUCCUCCGGGAAGCCAGUGUCUUCAUGCUUCAGCAGUAUUAGAAGCACUGGAGACUCAUGUGACGUGGAGAAGAAACCUGCAUGUGACAGCUCUCUGUACUCGGAAAGAAUAAGUGGAAGGAUCUGUACUUACUGCAACCAGGAGAUCAGAGACUGUCCAAAGAUUACCCUAGAGCAUCUUGGCAUCUGCUGCCAUGACUAUUGCUUUAAGUGUGGGAUUUGCAGUAAACCAAUGGGGGAGCUCCUGGAUCAGAUCUUCAUCCACCGUGACACCGUCCAUUGCGGGAAAUGCUAUGAGAAGCUCUUCUAGCUCUUCCAAGCUGAGAAGAAGCUGAUGAGUCCUGGACAAGUUUGGCUGUUCCCAGUUGCCCCAAGUUGCUGGCUCCUCUUCCCUCACUUUCUCCCUCCCCAUUUGAUUUCUUCGUGCUUUUGCCCCUCUCUCAAGUUGAACUGCUUACAUCCAGUAGAGUGUCUUAAUGAUGCUAUGAUAAUUACUUAUGUGUGUAGCUUUUUAUAACUUAGAAAGCACUUUAUGUCCAUGGUCUUAUUUCAGGCCCAAGAAAAAAAGGAUUGAACAAGAAUUUAAUCUUAGCUUUCCUAAGACAGGUUGGCCUCCUGAUGAGUUAAGGUGGCCUGGUACAGUAGGUCGGAGCAUGGGUUUCAGUGUGUCCUGACUUUUGGGACAGAGGAGAGCAAACCCACGUUCUUCGUCACAGCUCUAAGUGUAUCUUUGGGACUCGAAAGCAGGAGAUCCCUUGAAGCUUCUGAGGGGCCAGGUUGAAGAUCUUUGAUGAUGUCUGGUGGGUAAAUUGCAGACGUUGAAUGCUAGGGAUUGGC